AUGCCGAGGGGAAGCAGGAGCAGAACGUCCCGGAUGGCGCCCCCUGCCAGGUAAGGGGGUGGGACGAGGCGAUUUGUGAGGGUGAUCUGGGAAGGGUCGGGAGGGGGAGGUGUGGUUGGAGAUAUUCAUGGCAGGAGGGCUGGGAGGGAGCCACGUGACGCCUCUAUGGCCUCCUAAUUUCGCCCCCAGCGCUGCCAACUCAGUGGAGAUGAGGAGGGGAGGGAAAGAUAUUAGGGAAAUGCCAUAAAACUUGGGGUGAUGAAGGAAGGGGGGGAUCAAAACAAAGGCGAUGUUGGAGAUUGCAGGGGGCAGCUGUAUUAAGGGGGGUUAUUAUCUCCCUGCCACGUGUAGUAGUAAGCGGGGAGUCUCUACCCUUUAUUAAUAAAGAGUGAGAGAGAGUUGUAAUCUCAUGUUAGGAGCAGAUGCUGGUGGAAAGGGAUGGGAUGGGGGAAUCCAAAGUCUCCAUGCGGAUGUGGCAAGUUCGGGUGAGGAUUACAGCAGUACACGUGGAGGUGAUGGAAGAUGAAGAGACAGAUCGGUGGGUUGCAAAGUAUAAUACGUGCCUUGCAUUUCACUUGUGGAAUGGAAGUUGUGUUAUGGAUCUGUAAAUCAGAGCUUAUUUCUGGUGUUACGUUUGCAUCCUUCUUUGUAAAUAGGCUGAAUGUGACUUAAGGGUCUAAAUGAGAGUCCUGUUUAUCAAAUGCUUAACUUCAGAAACCUCACAGCGUACAGUGCUCCCACCACAACUGAAGGAUGCCAAAUGAUUUGGAUGGACUGGACUGUGACCUUCUAGAAUAUUCCACAGGAGGAAUAUUCUAGAAGACCAUGUGCUGUAAAAGCCAGCACUGCUUUGGUGCUUCUGGGAUUAAGAGUUUCUAUUCAGACAGCAAGUUGAUGCUAAAGCUGGAAAAGUACUAAUUGGCUUACCUUAGGCAAGGGCUGACCUCACUGGGCCUGGUUCUUGCCUAGGGGUAAGGCAGAGGUCUCUGAGGUGUGGCCAGAGAAAGUGAGAGCUGAGGAGGGGCAGAUCACAAGCAGAAAUGGAAGAGGUGGGUAAGGGGGCAGGUUAAGUUUGGGGAAGGAGUAACAGUUGAAGUUCGUGGAGUGAAAUUGUUGGGUCAAGGAGCAGGCAGUUGAGCAAGUAAAAACCUUGGCGUUCUAUUGAACAAAAGUUCUGACUAAGAGAGGGAUCCACAUUGCAUUGGCAAAGCACUGCGAAUGCGGCACUUCCACAACAGACAUGUAAAGCACUUUUAGACCGCUUUUAGCAGUCGUUGAGAAUUCUGAGAACUGUAGCUUGUUCAGGGUGCUACUAAGAGUACCAGAGUGCUUAAAAUGCAUAGGGUGGCUGUGACCAGACUUUGGAACUGCAAAAGCAGUGACAGUUGGUUUUGCCUUUCUUAUUAUUAUGUACAUCAAGUCUGUAAAUCUAAGUUUACAAGUUGGCCUUUGCUUACCACCAAGAGAGGCUAGAAUGUGGUUGCUGCUUCCUUCCAAGCAGCUUAGACAGAAUUGUAAAGGUGGAAGGCACCACGAGGGUCAUCUAGUCCAACCACAACAUGAAUUUCAAACCCAUGACCCUGAGAUUAAGAGUCUUAUGCCGUACUACCCCAGUCCAUUAUCCCAGCUUUACUGGGAUAGGUUUAUUAAAUGUAUACAUCGCUUACCACAGAAGUAUAAAAAACCACAUUGUUCCAUCAGACAGGUCACUAGACUGGCAGGCAGUCAGUCACCAAAGAGUCUAUGUUUCAGUUGCAAAACCCAAAUGUUGCAAAAACCAGGAUCCCAUCCCACCUUCAAAUUUGGGACAGGUAGAGAUGGAUGCUGGAUUCCCAACUCACAUCAGCCCUAGCCAAUGUGGUCAGGGAUACAGGGAGAUGUAGUCCAGCAGCAUCUGAAGGGCCACAGGUCCCCCACUUCUGCUCCAGACUGGCUCUCUACCAGCUCUGACCAAAGAUCAGCAGUAUCAUGUUUCACUCCCUCUGUGUACAAGGCAGGUUUCAUAAGAGGCUGUGUCUUCCUCUGUGAAUGUUUAGCCAGUUUAAGGACCAAUUCAGUUUUGUAAUGUUUUGUGUUGACGCCCAGCUUCCAAUUUAGCUCUUAGUACGUAAUAUGUUUAAUGCUGCAUUCUUUGGUGGAAAGUGAGGGCUAUAUUCUUUGGGGAUAAAGGUGGGCAAGAAGGUUGUGCAUGCAAAGAUUUAGAAACUUUGGAUUCUUGCAUCAGGGGCAUUUUAGCAACUCUUCUCUGAACAGGAGCACUAUCGACCAGGAACUAGCCUGCUUGCAGGUACAAGUGUGUGGGCUGGAAAGCUAGUUGCCCAUGAAAGCUUAUGUAUCAGGUGUGUGUGUGAACACCACCUACAUCAGCCUUGAACCUUUCUCCUCCUCCCCCAGAUGUUGCUGAGCUACAACUUCUGUUAUCGCCAGUCAUUGUCCAUGCUUGCUGGGGCUGAUGGGAGUUGUAGUUCAGCAACAUAUGGGGGAGGAGGGGAAAGGUUCAAGGCUGAUGUAGGUGGUGUUCACAUGAACAUAGGUGGUGAGGAAGCAUAGCCCCAAUUGUUGGGGCUCAACGUUCUUCAAGGAGAGUAUAGGAGGGUAUUUUUCUUACCCUCGAAGCAUUCAAAGGAUCAGCGUUCAGGAGAAAGGUACAUAUGUACUGCUUUCCAAGUCAUUGUUCCUGAGCAUUUUUCACAUAACAGCUCUGAUUUCAGCAAAAUGGCUGCAUCAGGUGGCUUCAGACCAUGCUGUAGGGAGAUGUGUUAAAGUUAAACUGAGGCAGCAAAUCCCUAGAAUCAGCAUCCCCCACCCCCUCUGGAGGGGGGACCAGGUUGGAGGAAAGUCUGGACUUUGGUUUGUAAUUGCUAUACUUGUUUAUUUUUACUUGCAUGAUUGUAUUUUCGAAAUGCAUCAGGGGACCUUAUGCUGAAGGACUGGUAAGAAGUCAAAUAAAUAAACACAGGCAGAAUAAAUAAAAAAUAUCCCACACUGGGCCGCUGUAACAAAUGUUUGCAUCCACGAUUGCUUUUCAAUGUGUUUCUUCUCCUGCCUUUGCAGCCGUGCGCCUCCUAUGAGGUCUGCUCCACCACCAGCUUCUCAUGCCCCUGUUCCAGCCCCUGCCCCUGCCUCUGCAGUGGCUUCUCCUGCCCCCAGGCAGCCUGGCCUAAUGGCCCAGAUGGCCACCACUGCUGCUGGCGUGGCCGUGGGCUCUGCUGUGGGGCACACUCUGGGGCACGCCAUGACCGGAGGGUUUGGAGGUGGAAGCUCUGAAGCGGCAAGGCCCGACAUCACUUACCAGGUGAGAGAGAAAAUGAUAUAUUUUUGUUUAUCUGAGCUUUUUAGGUGCACCUUGAGCCAUACAGAAUUCUCCUCCUGGCUGAUGAAACCCAUGUCAAGUUUUCUGGGCUGAUAGGUGAUGAGGGCAGAGCUGUGCCUCCUCCCCUCAAGUCAAAGAAGUCGGCUCAGACAUGGCUUAUGAGUGAGCCUUGCUGGCAGGAUGCAACUUAACAAAAGCUUUUCAAGAACAAAAGAAUACAUGCAACGUGUGUUCCAUUUGAGCACCUGCCAAUCCAGGAGUAAAGCAUAUAUUUGUAUCUGGUAUAGUUAUGGAUUUGCAUCAGUUCUGAAAGUCAAGAGACUAGAUAAUGUGCAGUUGUGUAUUGAUGAAUCACACCCAUUUGAUGAUGUUAGUAUGAGUGUACAAAGCCUUAAGCCUCUUGGGACCCAAGUACUUGAAAGGGUGCCUUCACCAAUAAGAACAUUGUUACCUGGGAAGAAGACGCUGCUUAUGGUCUCCUACAAGUAGGAAUUGCACAAAGAAUCCAAAAUUUCAUUCUUGGUGGUGGCAUCCCAACUACGGAACUGCCUCCCAGUGAAGAUCAGGCAGUGCCCUGCAUUCAGGAAGACAAACGUAAAGGCUUUCUUAUCCAAGAUUUUGGACAAUAGUUUUUAUGAACCUUUUCACACAACUGCUUUCAGCAGUAUUUUAUAGUGCUAUUCUAAUUUUUUGUGGGUCAUGUUAUUACUGUGAGACACCCUGGAUUUCCUUUGGGGAGAAAGGAUUGGUUAGAAAUUUGAAAUAAUACAUAAAAUAACCUUGACACCUGACAGAACUGAAUGCAGAAAUCCAACUAACAAGCCAGCUGGGCAUCAAGAGAAGGAAUCAUUUUAUAGCACUCCCCCCUCCCUUGGACCUCAGUUGUAUUAGCAGCAUAUAAGUGCCAGUGUGGUGUUUCUGGACUACAACUCCCAUCAUCCCUGAUCAUUGGCUAUGCUCUCCAGAAACAUCUGAAGGGCCACAGGUUGUGCACCCCUGGAUCAGAGGGUUGGGCUAUCACCUGUGAGACCACAGUUCAAAUCCCCACUUGGCCAUGGAACCUCGAUGAUCUUGGGCCAAGCCUACUUCACAGGGUUGUUUGUAAGGGUAAAAUGGGGGGGGAGAGAGAGAACCAUGUACAACAGCAUGAUAUCGUUGGACUUAAGGUGAAAAUGUAAUCAACAAACAUUGAAAGCUAAUUCUGAAUGCAUAAGGUAUAAAAAGUGUUGGCGGUCCUUAUUAACUGGAGGAUUUAGCCAACUGACUAGGAAGGAAAAUUAUUGGCACCCCUGAGAUUUGGAAAUUUUGUCCUCCAGUUUGGAAUGAGGAUGCUGCUGUGCCUGUUGAUGCCUCCCCUUUCUGCUGGGGAGCCACCAUACUCUGGCACCCUGAAAACAUUGUUGAAGGCGGGUGGGGUUCUUAGCAAAUGUAAUCUUUUAAAAAACAUUUUCCCAUCUUAAUUGUGCUACUGUUCCUCCUCAGGAGCCUCAGACAGCCCAGCCUGCGAUGCAGCAGUCGCAGUUCACGCCUUGCCAGUACGAGAUGAAGCAGUUCCUGGAGUGCGCCCAGAACCAGGCCGACUUGAAGCUGUGCGAGGGGUUUAGCGAGGUGCUGAAGCAAUGCCGGUUUGCAAAUGGUGCGUAGCUCCUUUGGCCUCCCCGGAGGUCUGAGCAAAUGUUGGAUGCUGCAAUUGAUCAGGGCUGAGGGGUCUCGAGCCAGUGUAACACUUUUGAGGAGGUGCUUCUGGUUCUUCCAGACCCUGCCAGGUAAACCUUAAGCCAGUUGAGGGAGAGAGAACAAGGAGCUGUACCAGUCAGUAUAGAGCAAAUGAGAGAGUAAUAUAAAACUGACUUGCAUAAUUGUGUGCUAUUUUAGUCCUUGUCCUUUGUACAUGUUUUAGAUAGCUGCUAAUAUACUUUGCAGUAAAAGUAUAUACUGCAAUUCCUGGCAGAAUAUAUGGCCUCUGAAUAGGCGCUGUGAUUUCUUUGAACCAAAGUGGGAUCCCAGACAGGCUUCGUUCUCCCAAUCACACUGAAGCUGUUUUGACACGGAGUUGUAUUCAGUGCCACCUCCUCUCCUGCCCUAAGAUUCUGCUGGGGAGGGUUUGAGGGAGCCUCACACAGAUUAUGGGGGAGGGUUGUUGCUCCACAGUCUUGGAUUAGGUCCUCUUUAUUGGGUGCAUUGUACCCAGGUGAAAUAUUGGUGCAUAGACUCAACUUUAUUUAUACAGUGGUGCCCCGCAAGACGAAUGCCUCGCAAAACGAAAAACGCGCAAGACGAAAGGGUUUUUCGGUUUUUGCGUCGCUUCGCAAGACGAUUUUCCCUAUGGGCUUGCUUCGCAAGACGAAACUUCUUGCGAGUUUUUUUCCCUUUUUCUCAAAGUAACCGCAAAGGCGAGCUCCGGUCGCGCGGCCGAGGGAAGCCCCGCUGUGGGUCGUCCAAAGUCAGCCCGAGCACGCCACUCACCUAAAAGGCAUGGAGAGACGGAGGGAGCGCGCGAGGAUCCCGGUGCAGAGGAGGCUCCUGCAGCAAAAUUAAGGCAGUCGGCAGCCUCGCUCUCUCCGCCUUCGCCGCCGCUUGCCCUGCGUGCGAUCGGCCGGGCUCAUCGCUCCGCUCUGCAGAGCGCUGCGCAAAGGUGCGGCAGGACAGGUGUCCGGGGACGCUUUGGCUGAGCGCGCCCCGGGAUCGGAGGUGCGGGGUGCUUGCUGCAGAUCUUAUCUUCCGGGGUCGCUGGGAUGGCGGCGGUCGGGGCUUGUGUUAUGUAAGCGCGUCAGGAGGGACUGCUUAAGAGGCCAGACGAGGCUUAUGCAAUGGCCAGAUGCUCCCUAGGAGUCGAGGCUUGCAGUUGCGGGAACGAGUUUAUACCUGUAGCCGCUAAGCCACUAAUAGCCGUGCUUCGCAAGACGAAAAAACCGCAAGACGAAGAGACUCGCGGAACGGAUUAAUUUCGUCUUGCGAGGCACCACUGUACCCUGUAUCAGCCACAAAGGCAAACAAGACAGUUCCUGCACACUUGCUUAAUGGUCUAAAAAUCACAGCACAAAAGGAAAAAUGGAUGAGGAGGAAAGAAGGAGGGGGAGCCCAGCUCAGCCACCAAUUUUUGAAGUUAAAAGGCGGUGCUUAUCAUGAACUAGCUGUUGUCAAAGCGGUUCAGGGACAGGAAGAGUUCAGUGGAACCAGUUUUUCCAGCAGGGCUGAUGGAAUGAGACCUGCCUCCCACCUCUCCCUCUGUGGCAGUUUCUCAUUAAUGGUUGAUGCCAGAUCAGUUGAAGGAGCUGGUUUUCCAGUUUGUUUGCUUUCAGAGCGCCAGACUCUGAGGUGUGAGGAACAGACACUUCCUAUAAUCUGAAAUGUGUGCCCUCCUGAUGUUUUAGGACCUAGCUUCCAUUAGCAGUGCAUCUGGAAGGUGCUGGGUUAGCGAAGGCUGAUCUACAAAUAAGGCCACACCAGUAUAUUUGCGUUAGAUGGGUUCCAUCCUGGGCCCCUUUUGUGAUAUGCAGGUUCUGUACUGAAAUCCAUGAACUCUCCUACCUACUUCACCACCACCACCAUGCCGGAAAAUAGAAUAAUACUGCUCUGAAGCUCCAUUUCAGCAAGGUGGAUUGUGUUUAGGUUCUUGUGGAAAAAUCAGAAAUGUUAUUAGGGGCUUGGGGUGGCUGGGGAGGGGGCAGAAGCAGUCUUUGGAGGACACAUUAAGAAGCCAGGGGUCUGCUGGACACAGCAAGACCUCUUCUGAAUAUUUGGCUUUUAUGUGUGUCUUGAUAGUAAUCAGUUUCCUUUCCUCUCUCUUUUUCUCUUUCAAAUACACAGGUUUAGCCUAA